AUGUCCGACAUCCCAGCCCUCCUGCUCGCAUCCCUCUCCCCCCAGUCGAGAAAACAGGCAGAGCAGUCACUGCAAAGUUACAGUCUCCAGCCCGCCUUUGUCACACAUCUUCUCCAACUCGUGCUCGAUGGCGCCCAAGAUCGUGCAGUGCGAUUGGCGGGGAGCGUCUAUUUGAAGAACGUCGUCAAGCUUCGAUGGAUGGAGGCUGAUGAGUCGCCCAUCUCCGAGCAAGACAAAAUCUCGCUCAAGUCUCAGCUCGUGCCUGCCAUGAUCGCGCUCUCAAAUCCGGCAGACAAAGCAAUCCGAGCUCAGAUAGCCGCAUCCGUCUCUCUCAUCGCAGAGCUUGACUUCCCGCAGGCAUGGCCCGACCUCGUUGACCAACUUGUGACCUCGCUCAGCGCCGACAAUCUCAAUAUAAAUCUCGGCGUUCUCGAGACUGCACACUCUAUUUUCGCUCCUUGGCGGUCACAGUCCCGUUCAGAUGACCUAUUCUCAACCAUCAACCUCGUCCUCGAAAAGUUCACCGUCCCGUUCCUCCAGCUUUUCCAGCUCACCCUCCAAUUACUCUUCUCCACACCAUCUCCCCAAAAGUCCACCUUGGAAACUCUCUCCCAGACCGUGUACCUCCUUGUCGAGCUCUUCCACGACCUCACAUGUCAAGAUCUGGCCCCCCGUUUCGAAGAUGGUCACAAAGAUUUUUUUGAUAAGGAUACUGGCUACUUCAUGAGGCUCAUGGCGUGGGACCCGACGGAGCUUCAGACUGACUCGGAAGACAUAGCCCUAUCUGUCCCUUCCAAGAUUCGGACAAGUAUUCUCGAAAUAGCAGAAAUGUAUGUCAACCUAUACCCUGAAGUUCUUUCCACCACCUCUUCGGUCGAAGCGUUUGUGCGCGCGAUCUGGGAGAUCGUCGGUGGUGGAAAGCAGCUUGACGCGUCGUAUGAUCUCCUUGUCUCGCAAUCCCUUCGUUUCAUAUCCACCGCUAUCCGCUCUGGUUCCUACAAAGAAAUAUUCGGCUCACGCGAGACCAUCUCGGGUCUUAUCCAAGGUGUUGUGGUUCCGAACGUUGGUCUGCGAGAACAUGACCUCGAGAUCUUCGAAGACAGUCCACUCGAGUUUGUCCGCAGCGAUCUGGCCCUCAUGGAGAUCACGACUCCGCGUCAGGCUGCGGGUGACGUCAUCAAGGCUUUGGGAUCGAGCGGUUUCGGGACGGAAACAACAGAGGUCGUGGGUGAAUGGAUUCAGAGAGGGCUACAAGAUUACUCCGCGCGAAAGGGGAGCGACGACGCUUGGAAAAACAAAGAUUCGGCUAUAUACCUUUUUGAGAACGUCGCAAUCAGAACGACGACAACGCUCGGUGUGACGUCGACCAACGCGCUCGUGGAUAUCGUCAAGUUCUUCAGUGACAACAUCUUCCAAGACCUUCAGGCUGACCCAGGGAGCGUCCAUCCUGUAUUGCAGGUCGAUGCCAUUCGGUAUCUCUACGUCUUCCGAAAUCAGUUAACGAAAGAACAAUUAACUUCGGUUCUCUCUCUCCUCACGCGCCAUCUUGCAUCUGACAACAUGGUAGUCUCCACGUACGCGUCUGUGGCAAUCGAUCGCAUCCUCUCCAUUCGAUCAGGGACCACAGCGAUGUUCAAUGCUUUGGACGUCGCCGAGUUUGCGCCUCAACUGAUCGACAUGCUCCUGAGCAAACUCGAGACAAGCACGAGUCCAGAGAAAGUGGCCGAAAACGACUUCCACAUCCGAUGUAAGGGUGUCAUGCGGCUCAUAUUGACUGCACGGCAUACCCUUGUCGGCGGGUAUGAGAGCAUAUUGCAGCGUCUUGUCGCGAUUCUCGGCAUAACGUCCAAGAACCCAAGCAAUCCGCUUUUCGAUCAAUAUAUGUUUGAAAGCGUGUCCGCCCUUAUCAGAUUCAUUGGCCCCGCAAAAGCCGAUGCAAUCAGCAUAUUUGAGCAGAUGCUGUUCGGCCCAUUCACUGUUAUCAUCCAACAGGAUAUCGAUCAGUACAUACCGUACAUCUUCCAGAUUCUUGCCCAGAUGCUGGAUCAGCAUUCUGGCGUGCCAAGCGACUACCGCUCUCUCUUGCCAUUCUUGCUCACCCCUUUCACCUGGCAACAAAAAGGCAAUGUGCCUGGACUUGUGAAACUUCUCAAAACCUUCCUCGUCCGCGAUUCCGCUCAGAUGGUCGCGACUGGCCAAUUCGCGAGUGUGCUCGCCGUCGUGCAGCAGCGCCUCAUCCCUUCCCGAAACAAUGACGCUUGGGGAUUCGAGUUACUACAGGCCGUUGUGCGCAAUGUUCGCCCAUCUGACCUAGAACAGUACAUUCGGCCGAUCCUGAUUACUCUUCUUACACGUCUGCAAACCAGCAAGACAGACAUUUACGUGUAUUAUUUCGUAUAUUUUCUUAUGUACACGAUGGCCAUUCAGGUCGAGGGACUCACCCCGAAUUUCAUCAUUCUUGCAGUGGAAAGUAUCCAACCCAGUCUGUGGUCACAACUUUGCAUCAACUUCGUCAUCCCGCAGGCUCCGAAACUCCAGCCAAAGGAUCGCAAAGUCGCAAUAGUGGGCUUAACGCGUAUGCUCACGCAAAGUUCUAUCACGAUACAGGAGCCAAGCGUCAAGUUAUGGCCCGACUCGCUCGGUGCUCUCGCUCGUCUCUUCUACCAACCCGAUGCUCUGAAACGGGACGCUGCCGAUGAUCCACACGCUGGACUAACAGCCAUCGAUCUCGAGGAGCAAUCUGCAGGCUAUCAAGCCGCAUACGCGCGGCUUGCAGCAGCCGAAGCUGUCCCAGAGGACCCUGUCGGAUACAUCGGGGACCUUCGGCAGUUUGUGAUCAAUGAACUCGCGCAGCUCGCUCGCACCAACCAAGGAGCGAAGACCAUGAUUCAAACCCAGGGUUCUUUCGUUAACGACAUAGCGGCGGUCUCGUAG